GCGCGGCGGUCCGAGUUACGUCACAGAGCAGCGCCGGCGGUGUGGCCGUGGGCGCGCGGCCGUUGUGGCGGCGGCCGGGCCGGCUUCUCGCCAUGGCCGACAUGGAGGAGCUCUUCGGCAGCGACGCCGACUCGGAGGCUGAGCAGAAAGAUUCUGAUUCUGGAUCUGAAUCUGAUUCCGAUCAGGAGAAUGCUGGCUCUGGUAGUAACGUGUCUGGAAGCGACAGUGACCAGGAUGAUGACAGGGAGGCAAUAAAACCUAGUAAUAAGGAGUUAUUUGGAGACGACAGUGAGGAUGAAGGGGCAUCUCAUCACACAGGGAGUGACAACCACUCUGAAAGAUCCUACAACCACUCUGAAGUUUCGGGACAUUCUGAGCAUGAAGAUAAUGAUCAGUCAGACGUGGACCAGCACAGUGUUUCAGAAGCUGCUCAUGACGAUGAGGAGGAUGACCGUGGACAUGGGUCAGAUGAAGGCAGUCAUCAUUCAGAGGGAGAUGGUUCUGAAAAAGCGCAUUCAGAGGAUGAGAAGUGGGGCAAGGAGGACAAAAGCGAUCAGUCGGAUGACGAGGAGCGACGGCAGAACUCUGAUGACGAGGAGAGGCAGCAGAACUCUGAUGAUGAGGAGAAAGUGCAGAACUCUGAUGAAGAUGAAAGGCCACAGAUGUCUGAUGAUGAUGAUAGACUCCAGAACUCAGACGAGGAGAAAAUGCAGAACUCCGAUGAUGAGGAGAGGCCGCAGGUCUCGGAUGAGGAGAAGAUGCAGAACUCAGAUGAUGAUGAAAGGGCCCAGCAUUCUGACGAGGAGAAGAUGCAGAACUCUGACGAUGACGAAAGGGCCCAGCACUCUGAUGAGGAGGACCAAGAGCAUAAAUCUGAGUCUGUGAGGGGCAGUGAUAGCGAAGAUGAAGUUCUGCGAAUGAAGCGGAAGAAACCAAUUGCAUCAGAUUCAGAAGCGGACAGUGAUACAGAAGGACAGAAAGAGCAUGCAGAUGUCAUGGAUCUGUUUGGAGGUGCAGAUGAUAUUUCCUCAGGGAGUGAUGGAGAAGACAAGCCACCAACUCCAGGACAGCCCAUUGAUGAGAACGGACUGAGUCAAGAACAGCAGGAAGAAGAGCCUAUUCCAGAGACUAGAAUAGAGGUAGAAAUACCAAAAGUAAACACAGACUUGGGUAAUGAUUUGUAUUUUGUGAAGCUGCCCAACUUCCUUAGUGUGGAGCCCAGACCUUUUGAUCCUCAGUAUUAUGAAGAUGAAUUUGAAGAUGAGGAGAUGCUUGAUGAAGAGGGUAGAACUAGGUUAAAACUCAAGGUAGAAAACACAAUACGAUGGCGGAUGCGACGAGAUGAGGAAGGGAAUGAGAUCAGAGAAAGUAAUGCACGGAUAGUCAAAUGGUCGGAUGGAAGCAUGUCUCUGCACUUGGGCAAUGAGGUCUUUGACGUGUACAAGGCACCACUGCAGGGAGAUCACAACCAUUUGUUUAUCAGACAAGGCACAGGUCUACAAGGACAGGCUGUUUUCAAGACAAAGUUAACCUUCAGGCCACACUCUACAGAUAGUGCCACUCACAGGAAGAUGACUCUGUCUCUGGCAGAUAGGUGUUCAAAGACCCAGAAAAUUCGCAUUUUGCCAAUGGCAGGGCGCGAUCCAGAGUCUCAGCGCACAGAAAUGAUUAAGAAAGAAGAGGAGAGAUUAAGAGCUUCCAUUCGUAGAGAAUCUCAGCAGCGAAGAAUGCGGGAGAAGCAGCAUCAGCGUGGUCUGAGUGCAAAUUAUUUAGAACCUGAUCGCUAUGAUGAAGAGGAUGAGGGAGAUGAUGCAAUCAGUCUAGCAGCUAUCAAAAACAGAUACAAAGGUGGCAUCAGAGAGGAACGUGCUAGAAUCUACUCUUCUGACAGUGAUGAGGGCUCAGAUGAAGAUAAAACACAAAGACUGCUCAAGGCAAAGAAACUUACUAGUGAUGAGGAAGGUGAACCUUCUGGAAAGAGAAAAGCAGAGGAUGAAGACAAAGCAAGUAAGAAGCAUAAGAAAUAUGUGAUCAGCGAUGAAGAGGAAGAAGAUGACGAUUGAUAUUAAGGAAGCACAAAAGUUGAUUUUCUUUUUUUUAAAAUAUAUAUAUUUAUAUAUAUAUAUUGUACAGUUCUCUUACAGCAAAGAUGUAAGUAACCAUAAUGGGGUUAUUUUGAUAAAGGAAAAUUCCAUUGAGUUCUAUGUUUCUGGUGUGAAUAAAGUUUUUUGACUUCCUUUCA